UCAACGUUCGGCGGCGGCAUCUUCCGCGCGUAAAAAGCGGCGUAAAAGAGCGGUAGCGGCCGACCAGGGUGGUCGGCUUGGAUGGAGCGCGCUGACGCUGCAGAACAGAAAGUACGAGCGAGCUUGGGACUAAUGAUAUCACAGCGCACGCCAACGACGAGGACGCCGUGAAGUGAUCAAAGCCGACGGUUUCAAUCGCUGCAACGUUUGAUGAUCUUCGGGGCGCGCGUCUCGCGCCCACGACCAUGUGCUUGAGGUUCCCGGUUGUUCCAUGGUCGAGACGUCGGCGCUCCGGUCUUCUCCACGCCGCGGCGGACGUCUCGUCGACGCCGUUGACGGCGUCGCCUCGACGACGUGGUCGUCUUCAGCGCGGAGCUUGUGGUGGUUGUGCCGCGGAUGCUUGCGCUGGUGCACGCUGCUUGCGCUGCUCGUUGUAGCGGCCAGCCCUUGCCACGAGAACGACUGUACGUGGAACGUCAAUUGUGUCGACUACCCUUAUCCUACUGAGAAAGGCUUGUACCCAUCUGAGUUCAAUUUGGCCAGCAAUGCGGGCAUCACUGUAAAUGCAACAUGUGGGGAAACAGGACCUGACAACUACUGCAAGCUUGUUGAACACACUUACAACAGAGAACCGCAGUGUGGAGAGUGCGAUGCCACGAGCCGCUAUGCAGACAGGAGGCAUCCUAUCCAGCACGCCAUCGACGGCAGCAAUCGCUGGUGGCAGAGCCCUUCCCUACAGCACGGGCGCAAGUACCAGUGGGUCACCAUUACCCUCGACCUCAAGCAGGUUUUCCAAGUUACCUACGUGAUCGUCAAGUCCGCCAUUUCACCACGGCCCGGAAACUGGAUUCUGGAACGCUCCAUCGAUGGAGUGUUCUACCGACCCUGGCAGUACUACGCUGUGUCAGAUGGCGAAUGCUGGGAGGCGUACGGCAUAGCGCCAACUCCGGGACAGCCUGUUUACAAGACUGACGACGAAGUGAUCUGCACAUCCUACUACUCCUCCAUCACUCCGCUUGAAGAUGGAGAGAUUCACACUUCACUUAUCACUGGAAGGCCAGGUGCUGAGGAGUUUAGUGAGAAAUUGAUGGACUUCACCAAAGCCCGCUACGUUCGACUUCGACUUCAACGCAUUCGCACUCUGAAUGCUGACCUCAUGACUUCCAAACUAGCGGUGACUCUGACAAGCUGGACAAAUCUAUCGCCAGACGGUACUUCUACUCCAUCAAAGGACAUAUCAAUUGGAGGACAGUGUGUCUGCUCUGGACACGCAAAGGAGUGUCCAUCCAAAGGAUCUGGCGGAGAGCUGCAGUGUCGCUGUGAGCACAACACGUGUGGCGCUAGCUGCGAGCGCUGUUGCCCCCUGUUCAACCAGCAACCGUGGAGGAUGGGCACGGCUGGCGACGCGGCAGAGUGUGAAGAGUGCGAGUGCUUUGGACAUGCGCAAUCUUGCGUCUACGAUGCUGAAGUGGCGAGAAGCGGCACCAGUCUAAACAAGUUCGGAGAGUACGACGGUGGCGGAGUCUGCCAAAACUGCUCGCACAACACUGCUGGAAUCAAUUGUGAACGCUGCGAAGACGGUUACUUCCGCCCUCGUGGUGUGCCGAGGAACCACCGCAGUCCGUGCCGCAAGUGCUCCUGCUCCGGGCCUGGCACCACCGGAAGUUGCAUCGGGGAUGACUCGCAUGUUCAGGAGGGACUGCAUCCUGGAGACUGUAUCUGCCGUGAGGGUUUCACGGGGCCCAAGUGUGACCAAUGCAAGCGUGGCUAUCGAAACUACCCCCGCUGCGAGCCGUGCCCAUGCCAUUACGCGGGCACCGUGAACCCAGACCAGUGCGAUGGCCCUUGCCAAUGCAAGAAACACGUCGAGGGCAGUCGGUGCGACCAGUGCGCACACGGCUUCUACGACUUGUCCGAGACCAACCCCGAGGGCUGUUCGUCGUGCUUCUGUUUUGGAGUGACAAGCGUGUGUCGACCAAGCAACUGGGGAAUCGAAACUAUAAAACGGCCCAACACCGGGGCGGAACAGCCCAACACUGGGGCGAAACAGCCCAACACCUGGACGAUCACCAACCUGCACGGCAGCCGAACAGUACGGCCGACACCCGAGAAUGGACGCCUCACCAUUGCGAAUGACGACGUCAAUUGGAACAUGUAUUACUGGCAAGCACCCGAUCAAUACCUUGGAAACAAGCUGUACUCAUACGGAGGAGAUCUGAAGUUUAUGCUCAGCUACGUGGUGGCCCGUGGUGACACUUCGGGAUCCUAUGUGGAAGGUUCGGAUGUCAUAAUUGAAGGCGAUGGGAAGCGGUUUGGCUACAACUGGAGCCUGCGACCGAGCCCCGACAACGUGACCAUUGCUGUUCCGCUUCGAGAGCACGGCUGGCACUUGUUGGACGACAAGGGACGCCCUCUGAGGCCAGCGUCGCGCGAGGAGUUUACGCUUGCUUUGCACGACAUGGAGAGACUGCUCCUGCGGGCCAAGUACCACUCGGACCAAAUAGAAGGAGCCAUGCACCACGUAGAUCUUCCCGUGGCAUCCAAGACGUCAGGGACGUUGACGAAGAUGACAUCGGUCGAGAUGUGUCAGUGCCCGGUCGGCUAUGCUGGGCUCUCUUGUGAGCUCUGUGCCCCCGGCUAUCGUCGUGUCAACAACACCCUGCUUGGUGGGCGCUGUGAAAAAUGUGACUGCAACAACCACGCCGACUCGUGCGAUCCGUACACCGGCAAAUGCGACGAAUGUCUGCACAACACUACAGGCCCCAACUGCAACGAGUGCCUGCCAGGUUUCUAUGGCAACGCGGUUCUCGGUUUUACGGAUGACUGCAAGCCGUGCAGCUGUCCUCCCGGGGCCAGCCUGUACGACUUGCCCUCCGAGUGUCGAACGAUCGUAACCCCAGCGGGGGAAAGCGACUACGUUUGUUUGGAAUGCCCGCCAAACCAUGCUGGCAACAAAUGCGAAAGGUGUGCGGAUGGCUUUUUUGGAAAUCCUGCCAUUCCUGGUGAACCGUGUCGGCCGUGUCGCUGCGGUCCCAAUGCAGACACGUCUGUUCCCGGCUACUGUGACCACCGCACUGGCCGCUGCUUGCGUUGCCGUGGUAACACGGGAGGCUGGAAUUGUCUCGAAUGUUUGGAUGGCUAUUUUGGAAACCCUGCCACUGGAGACUGUCGACCAUGCGACUGCAGCGUGACAGGCUCUAUCAGCCAAGUGUGCAACAAGACAACUGGACAGUGUCCCUGCAAGCCAAGCUUCUCGGGACGCACAUGUGACAGGUGUCAGGAUGGCUUUGGAGGUGUGGAGCGUGGCUGCACCCCCUGCCGUUGCAACCUGCAGGGCUCGGUCUCUGAGCGCUGCGACCCGAUCACGGGCAACUGUAUCUGUCGUCCCGGGGUGUUUGGUACCCUCUGCGAUUCCUGCCUUGAAGGACACUAUGGCUUCUCUCUGCAUUUGGAUGGCUGCAAAUGGUGUGGCUGUGACCCUCACGGAUCCCUGAGUCCCGAGUGCGAUGAAAACACUGGGCAGUGUCCCUGCAAACCCAACGUUGUGGGCCGCACCUGUGAUCGCUGCAAGCCUGGGUACUGGAACCUGGCGUCACCUGGUGGAUGCGAACCCUGUCACUGCAACACAACCGGCUCUGUGAGCACGCAGUGCGACGACAGGACGGGCCAGUGUCCAUGCAAGCCUGGCGUUGGAGGAACAGCCUGCGACGUGUGCCUGCCAGGAUAUUUCCGGUUCUCCCAUCACGGCUGCAGAGCUUGUGAGCCGUGCGAGGCACCGGGACAUGUCUGUGAUGAGGAAACGGGUCGGUGCAUCUGCCCCAAGAACACAGGUGGUCCUCGGUGCAACCGCUGCAACACCGGUGCCUGGGGUUAUCACCCAGUAGACGGCUGCAAGCUUUGUAACUGCAACAAGUUGGGCUCAUUGAGCCCCAACUGCGAUGAGAACACCGGCCAGUGCCAGUGCCUGGAGGGCUUUGAAGGGCAGCACUGCGACCACUGCAGGCCGGGCUAUUACAACUUCCCCAACUGCCAGCGUUGUGACUGUCACCCAGCUGGCACGGACCCCGGCGCCUGUCACCAUGGGAUCUGCCAGUGUGACGAGAGGGGCCAGUGUCCGUGCAAGGCGAAUGUAGAAGGGCGCCGUUGCGAUCGAUGUCGAGACCGGACCUUUUCGCUGCUGGAAAGCAACCCUCGAGGAUGCACAGAGUGCUUCAUGUUUGGACGGACCGACCAGUGCACGCAGGCCAACCUAGUCUGGGGAGUGAUGCGUACUCCACCAAGGGACAUAACUAUCACACCUGGCGAACCGGAGUUCGACCGAGUGCACCGGUACAAGGUUAUCCCUGGUACUCACCCCGGUUCGACUCUCUUGCCGGGGCCAUAUGUCCUCGACCAACCCCUGUACUGGUCCUUGCCCGAACCAUUCCUUGGAGAUAAGGUCCUCGCCUACAAUGGAAAGCUGAAGUUCACGGUCGAGAGCGACGCCCAGGACGUCUUUCCCGACGCCAUGCUUCGCCAGUACCCCCUGGUGUUCCUCCAAGGGAACCACCGCAUCCUGCUGGGUUUCCACCCACACAUGCUGUCGCCCAAUGGUGCCUACGUUGUGCCCAUUCACGAGGACGCAUGGUAUCAGGUAGACAAUCCUCAGGUUCCCGUGACUCGGGCGAUGCUCAUGGUCGCACUCCAGAAUGUCCAGAGAAUCCUCAUCAGAGCCAACGAUGGGCCAGAUGUCAGGUUUGCCAGCUUGAAAGAUGUCUCGCUCGAGAUUGCUCGGCCACCAGAACACGGUGAAGUGACUCCCUACAUGGCGUAUGGUGUUGAGCAGGGAAGAUGUCCGAUCCAGUACACCGGAAGUUCUUGUCAGGACCCCAACGAAGGUUACUGGCGCAAGUUCAAGCAUAACUACCUCAACAGUCGAGACAUUCUUGACUUGGUUGGAUGGGCCGAACCCUGCGACUGCAACAACCGCACCCGCACGUGCCACAAGGAAACUGGAGUUUGCAUCAACUGUGGUGGCAACACUGUCGGCGACCACUGCGAACGCUGCGCCGAGGGAUUCUUUGGAACGCCUUCGCGAGGACCAUGCCUGCCCUGUGCCUGCCCACUCCCCACAAACAGCUUCAGCAGCACGUGCCAGACGCACGGACCGGACUACAUCUGCACAGACUGCCAGGAGGGCUACACCGGAAGACGUUGCGAAAGGUGUGCGGAUGGUUUCUUCGGGAACCCGUUGGUGGACGGAGGCCGGUGUGAGAGGUGCGAGUGCAACCCUUACGGUUCACAAGGUCAUCGCUGUGACCCCAUGACCGGGGCAUGCCACUGCUUGCCCGGAAUCACCGGUCGUGACUGCUCCAUCUGCCCGGGCCGACAUAUCCUCACUGAGUAUGGCUGCAAAUGUAAGUUUACGUCUGCCAAACCUGCUGAUGAUGACUGCACGGGACGUCUUCUCGAUGAAGUGGAGCACAUGUUGGCAUUGCUCAACAGGUUGAACUGCCACGAUAUCAUUUCGGCGCCAUGGAUUCACUUGCUCGCCAUUCAGGAGACCACUCGUGUGAUGAGGACUGACCUUGACAACUACCUCCAUCUCGUCGACAGUGGCAACCAAGUUCUGUCCAACUUUUCAUUCCAUUUCAACUUGGAGACUCAAGCAGAGAUUCUGCUUGAAAGGUCCAAAGACAUGGUCCGUACUCUACCUGGAGUCGCUCAUGAUGUCAGCCACCUACUGCAGAGGGCCAGAGAACUACUGGAGCUUGUGAAAAAGUACUAUGAUGAAAUUAGAGCUGCCGUGGACUACUUGAAGCUGCAAGGCUUCUGGCACAAUGGAACGGCCACUGGCAUCGAUCGUCUUGUCGAGGAAGCGCAGCGAAUCCUGUCGGAGUUGCAAAGACGCAACUUCGAUCGUCCCAUGGACGAGUCCAACAGGGAGAACAGGAAAGCUCACCAGCUGCUCGAGAGAGUGAGAAACCUGCUUUUCAACCUGCAAGAGGUGGGCGACAUGGCCGAGCGACUGGACCGGAUCGAGCAGCUGCUGAGCGAAAUGGUGCGGCGAAUCCAGAACGAGGUGCAGAACCCAACAGCCCGAGCGUUAGACCUCUUAGAAAGGGAGCUGCAGACCCUUCAGUCCAUACAGAAUUUCAUCGGUGGAAGUCAAGAUGGCGCCGGUCGAGCCAAUGCCUCGCUGGUUGAAGCCAGGGAAUGGCUGAGGAAAGCCCGGGAUGCGAUUAUCGAUGCUGCUUUCAAGUUUGACGAGCUACCUCGACUGCUUAUGGAAAUUUCAAACGCCACUGAUGCACUUGAAGAACGGCGCGGCACUCUCGACCGUCUGAACCCUGAAUACCGGGACAAAUACGUUGCAGGGUGCAAACGACACGCCGACGACAUGGGCAUCCGUGUUGGUGCUCUUGCAGACCAGUUCAGGACGACACAAGAGGUGUCCGAGUACCCGCUUCGGGCCGCCCGCGUGUACCAGAACAUCGUCGACGCUCUCCAUGACGCCGAGGAAGCUGCUGGCAAGGCAGCUGAUGCCGCUGACAGAGCUUUCGACGAGGCGUAUCCACGGGCCGGCGACAGCCUCAUGCACCAAGCUGAGAGUGCAAGGGAGCGAAGCGAGGAUCUGCUGAGACAAGCAAAACAGCUCAGGGACGAAGACAUACCAGAGCUGCAGUAUACAAUGCGUGUCACCAAGAGCCGGCUCAAGGGUCUCGGUGAAGACUUCGAAGACGGAAACCAAGCCGUAGCGGCCAUCAACAGAGAGCUGGAUCGCCUUCCGACUGACAUAUCUGGUCCGCUGGAGGACACGCUCCGCGAAGCCAAUCGUGCAGACGGGAAACAGAAGGGAGCCAACAACUUUGUGGACGGAAUUGUUGGACGUCUGCCGGGCUUGAUAGCCAAAGUGGAAACCCUGAAGACUGGCUCUGCUGAAGGACUCGACAACCUGACGCGUCUCAUUGACGAAGCCCACCGAGGCAUCAAGCAAGCUGACCAACUGGCCAGCCGCUCCGAGCAGUCUGCGGCACGAGCUCGACAGGCACACAACAUGCUGCAGCUCAAUCUGAAGGAACUGCGGGACAAGAUCCUCCUGGCUAGACAGCGGGCUUCAAGCAUACGAGUGUCGCUGAGUGCCGACUCAAAUGACCAGUGUUCACGGUCAUUCAAGCCUGAGAUCGAGUCAACCAUGACCAACAGCAUCAUACUCAACUAUGCCAUCAAGGAAGAUGACCAGAACAGUUUGUUGUUCUUCUUGGCCAAUUCCAAAGGAAAGGAUGACUUCAUGGCCAUCGAAAUGGUAAACCGAAAGAUAAAGUUCUCGUGGAACGCCGGGGGAGGAACACACAGCAUCACUCACAGCAUGCAUAUCGAGACAAAUGACCCACAGCUCGGACGUGAUUCAAACUGGUACAAGGUGGAGGUGUUCAGAGUUGGCAAUGUAGCGACGCUGAGUGUGAAGCGUAAACCCGAUGGCGCUCGUGACGAUCCCGAAGAGAUCACGGGGGCUGCCCCGGCUGGAUUUGGCAAGAUGGACCUGGACUCCAGCUCCUACUUCUAUGUUGGCUCAGUGCCUGACAACAUUUCUGCUGCGCAAGAGCUUACUGCAAGGACGUUUGUCGGCUGUCUGCACGAAGUAAUCCUGGACGGCAAGCAAGUCGGCCUGUGGAACUUCCUCACAAACGAAGGCUGUGAUGGUUGCAAAUCAGGGCCCACCGAGGAUGUGGACCCGAGCGCGUUCCACUUCAAAGGCGAGGGCUAUUCCAUCCUGCCCCAGAUACGUCGCUACCAGAGCAACAGCUACUACAUCUCGUUGCUCAUCAAGACAUUCGACGAAGAUGCUCUGCUGUUCAUUGCUCCAAACACUGAAACGGGUGAAUUUGUCUCCCUGGGUCUCCGGGGUGGCCACGUAGUGUUCCAAUUCAAGAUGAGCAACAGUGCACCGAUGGAGUUGCGCACCAAGCGAAGGUACAACAGUGGAAACUGGACUCGCGUAAUCGCCGAGCGUGACAAGCAGGAAGGCGUCCUCUCCGUGGAAGAUGAGCUGCUCCAGGGUCAGCUACCGAGACGCAGUUCGAAUGAACUUCAAUUGCAGCGAAGCAAUCUCUACUUCGGCGCUGUCCCUCCAGACUUUGACACAUCCAAGUUCAGCACAGUGGGAUUCCAGAACUACAUAGGCUGCAUGAAGAACCCUCAGGUUGAGACAACAACUCUGGACUUGCUGAAAUAUGAAGCAUAUGGCGUAGACCCUGGCUGCAGUGAAAAGAAGGUGAAGUUAGUGAGCUUCAAAGGCACGGGCUACCUGGAACUGAAGGGGAAGACUCUGGCCGCGGAGGGAAACUUUGGGUUCACUUUCCAGUCGAUGCAGACAGAUGGCCUCAUCAUGAUCUCAACGUUCUCGGGAGUUCGAGGUGCCGACAGCAAAAGAGACCACUACUAUUCAGUGGCCCUGAAGGACGGUCACAUUGAGCUUCGUCUGAAUGGUGGUGCUGGGGAAGUGGCCUCCCGUUCAGAACAGCGCUACAAUGACAACAAGUUCCACACCAUUACCAUCAUCAAGAGGCAUCGAAAGAUUCAAGUGAACGUGGACGAUGCUGAAAUAGACAGUCUGCGGUUGCCGAAGGGCACCACCGACAUUGAAGGUCCCGGCAUGGGAGGCCUCUUCUUUGGUGGCGUACGGGGGGGCAUUGCCAUCGGGGACCAGGCGGCCACCCGAGACAACUUUAUCGGCACCAUCAAAGACGCUGUCUUCAACGAUGUACUGCUGGGAUUCAACUUCCCGGUGUCUCACGAGGGAGCCGGCAUUGGGCGGCUGUUGAAGCGCCCGCGUCCCAUGCCACCUGAGCACGACCGAAUGGCCGUCCUCACCGAACAGCAGCUUGACCAGUGUUCGGAAAAGCCACCGCACGACCUGGACGACAAGGCCUUCAAGUUUGGGGACACUCUGAACAGUCAUGUGGAGAUGCAGAAUGUCAUCGAGUUUAGAAAUGAUUUUAAUGUGAGCCUCGAGCUGCGGACGUACUACCCCAACGGAGUGCUGUUGCUGGCUCAGGCCGGCUCCUAUAGCCGACAGUUUUCUCUCGUCCUCUCCGGAGGCCGGGUGCUGCUUCAGGUCACCGACAGGGGGAUGCCGAAGAAACUCCACAGUCACGGUGGACUCAACGACGGCCACUGGCAUCACGUUGGCCUUUCGAAGGAAGGCUUCCCGACUCAUUCUGUCCGUAGACGACAAGGCGGCAUUGAAGUUGCAGAUCUCGGCACCAGACAAGAGAUUCUUCGAGUGGUUCUGAAGGUCGAAGGCACACCAGGCAGGGAAAACUUGUUUGCUGGCUGGGUGGCGGGGCGCCGCUUCCAGAACGGCGGCACUUCGAUGCAAGAUGGCCCGGUGAAAGAGAGCUUCAAGGGUUGCAUCCGAAACUUCAACGUCAACAGCAGAAGUGUGGACUUGGCCAGUGGAAAGUCGCAAGGUGUCGGACAGUGCUUUACCAACAUUGAGCUCGGAGCAUUCUUCCAGGGAGAUGCCUACGCUGUUUAUGACGAGCAGUUCAACGUUGACAAUAAGCUGGAAGUGCAGCUGGAGUUCCGGACGUGGAGAUUGAACGGCGUGUUGAUGAGCUUGUCGGAGGGUGCAUAUGGGGCACCUUCGUUGGCCAUGGAGCUCCUCGACGGCGAAGUGAUCGUGUCGGUGGACUUAGGCCAGAAUGGCACGGGCCCCUUCCGCGCCCGCAAGAAGUUCGGAUCGCGCUUCGCCAUGUGUGACGGACAGUGGCACCAGCUGCGCGCGCACUUCUCGCGCAACGAAAUCUCGCUGCGCAUUGACCGUGACCAGGUGGCGUACGGCCUGGCUCCGGUCACGCCUGCCGAACCGCACACUGAGAGCCCUCUCUACAUUGGUGGCCUGCCAGAGGGCAGCAGCAACGACGCUCUGUUCGGCCGAGACAACUUCGUUGGCUGUCUGCGCAACCUGGCCAUCAACGACAAGCGCAUAGACUGGAUCGACAUGGCUUCCCUGCACGACGUGCUGCCCAACUCAUGCCCUGCCAAAUGAGUGUGUGAUUUUGUGUACCCUGCCUUUACUGCCAUCUAUUUAUACAUUCUUACGUCAGCCGCUAUAAUCAGCAACCCCUUUCGUGUAUGGACUGAACUCUAUAUGCGUGUACAAUCCGUCGAACCAUUUCUCUUAGGUCCUAUCGUACGACUAUGACUACCUACAGCAGUGUGCUACAUGCGCGACGUAGACGUGUGUCUUACCACCACGUUACGAGACUGGUCCUUCUUUGCAAUAUGGCUAGAAAUACGAGCGCUACACGUAGACAGAGACAGCUAAGACGCGAACAAGUGCUUGUUUGUGUCGGGCUGGUAUUUCGAGCCAUCAUGAAUCACCUAUAUCCAAUCAAUCAACCGAGUUGACAAGAUUUUUCUUCAGGUUUCUAGCUUUGCGCCUUAUACAAAAUGUUCAGCAAUCUUGCAGAAACACUUGUGAAACUGAGAGCAUACUUGAACACCUUUAAAGAUUGGGUCCUCCCCAAAAGUGAUGAUCAAACCCAAGACUGGGGUGUUUUCCUUUUGGGAGUUUAGUUUGCGUUUGAGAGGGAAAAGGUCAUUGUACCCUGGGAUUUUAUACCUAAAUGCAACCAUUUGCGAGUUAAGUGGACCACUCUACUGUGCAAUAGAGAUGCUUUCUAUCACGACUAUUCUCAAAUAUAUUAUUAGAUUUGUCAACAUAUUGCAGCAAACACAAGUCUUUACUGCUAUGUUAUGUUGGUGUAAUGAAAUCAAAAUGAAGCUUUUGGUCUGCUGGUUUCUCCAAGUCGCCAACUUCCACCAUUGCAUGGCCCAUGGGUGCGCCUCACACAUCCAGAUUUAGAGACUUAGUUGUGUGAAUUGUUGUAAUCGAAUCUUUAGUUAGGAAAUCGAAGAUUUUUUUUGUGGACCAAAUAUACGAGCAAUUUAGUAAUAACUUGCUAGACUAAACUGGAAUGUGCAUUGACAAUAUUCUCUGGUGAGGCAUCAGCGUUAACACAAUAUUUGCUUACGCAUUUAACACAUGCUUUAUUGUUACAAUUUUAAACUUUGCCAAGCUUAAAACAGUGUCAGCCCGCCUUUGUUCCUAAAAAAAGACAUUUUCUGUGUGGUGUUGUCUUCAUAUGUGUGAGAGGCCUACAGCUCCGAUAUCUUUUCAUGGUAUACUGUUUCGUUAGAAUGUACGUUUCAUUCUUGAGCCAAUAAAAAGAAAAGUUAGUUUCACAACGACACUGAAACGAAAACACGGAAGGGGUUGAAAAAGUAAACAGUGGUUUAGUAAACUAAACCACUAUGAACUAGAGAGCUCAUUUACACGCUUACAACAUCGCAUUUCCCUAAAGAUCCUGCCUUCCAAGCAAGAACCUGCUAUCGUUAUAUAGAUCUUAGCGGAAUUUAUGAUACUUCUGAAAGGAAGAAUGUGCUAUAAAGUUUAUAAAUCCAUAUGUGCAUUAGCAAAUGUGUUCUAGGGUUCGAAACAAACUGUUGUGCACUGUUCAAACUGCUAAAAUGUACUAAAAAAGUUCUGUUUGGAUAUAGCAUCUUGCAUAUCAAGUUUACCAUUCAUACAAACUCUGUUCAUAAUUAAACAUAGUCACUACAGGUGAAUCCUCAAGCUUUGCACUGAUGUGAUGUUGAUGUUACUCUUAAUGAUGAACUAUAAAUACAAUACACAGUUAUCCAUCUGAACCAGCUAUGGUGUCUACAUAGAAGGAUGAAUAAUGAUGCUGCUUAGAAGCAGCAUGCCUUGUAGUCAUGAGGAAAAUACAUUUUACUCUAUACUGUUUUUAUAUGUGCUACUUAUAAUUAAUAUUUAUUUGUCUUGUUAACAAAAAGCCAUAAAUGGCACAAUAUGAUGAGUACUCAUAAUGUGCCAAAUGCGCUGCUUCAUUAUUUGACAUAGGGUGCAAAUUAAGUGUGUUUCUAAUUGCAUUUAAAGAGGACACGAGCGUAUGGUCACGUGUUCCUGCUAGUACCCUAGAAAAUGUGGUGUCAUGAAAGGCUGUUCAUUCUAAACUGCGGCACAUAACCUUUUGAUCACUGGAGAGUCAAAUUUCUGUGCAAAAUGUACGGCUGUUUCACAUUGACGUGUUGAAAACUGUUUGUCAUCAGGAAUGCCAUAAAUGGGGUGUUUUUUUUCUAAAGAAUGACCAAUACCAUAAGCGAAAUUAGCACGAAUAAGGCUCUAUUGGCACAUACAUACUCUCAACUUUUCUCUGAAACAGUCUUGAUGAAUUAGUAAUAAUAAUUGGUAAUUUAUUAUUGCUGUUUCAGAUGAAAGUUGAGAAUAUGUAUGUGGUGAUACAGCUUUACUAUAGCUAGUUUUAGUUCUGGAAUUGGCCCAUUUCAAAAAAAAAAAAGAAAAGAAAAAAGCUUCUCAAAUGGUUUUGAGUCAUUUAUUUUGUGAAGAUUUGUGUGCAUUCCUGUGAAUAGGUCUUAACAUACUUGUGGAAUUAAAAACUAAAAAAAGAUGUGGAAUCUUAAGAAGGGAUAUAAGACCUUUUCUUUGGAGUGAGAGUGAUUUUCCACCCGGUUGAUGAGUAUGUUGACAAUCUGGCUUUUGAUUAGACGAUAAAAUUGUUCAACCUUUAC